UGUCUGAAAAUAGUCAGCAAUGUUAUCCAAGUACGUCGUAAGGUUCAAAGCGAAUGCGCUUAUCAAGUGUUGAAGGAACCAGUACAAUCCAUGAGGAUCCUGAUAUCGCUUGCUAAACGUAUUCGUAAAGGUCCUUGCGACGCACUCCACAUCCUUCUCGGGGACUUCACCUUUGUUCGCGAACCCUGCGGCCCGACAUUGCCAAUGGACAAAGAACCCCGCCAAAUAAACUACAACCACUGUGGGCGACCAAAUAAUUCUGUGUAUGACCGGGACCAGGAAGAUGAAGUUGAGUACAAUUUAGGAACUCCACUUGAACGGCGGAGCAGGGUCCCUGGGUCACCUCCUGGCCCAGUUGAAGAGGUAAACCACCAGGAAGCCACCGCACUGCAGCCCUCAUCCGGAGACAACGGCACCGUAAUGCCUGAUGUCGAGGGGCAGCAGUACUCCACCAUUCACAACAUACUUUUGGAUAUUGAGCGCCAACUGGCUUCAGGGUUGCAGGAAAUAAUAACCGAACUAAUUGCCAUUAAGGGUCGAUUAGCCGUGAUAGAGGAUGCUGUUCUCGGACGAUCUAUAGCAAUGACUGGGAUAUCCCAGCCGUCAUCUGACUACGACGACGACUACGGCUCCAUGUCCGAUUCCGAGUCCACAUCGUCCAUUCACACAUAGGAGGCGAAAAAGGAACGGCGAUGA